UUUUCCGCUCACAUUAUGUGAACAUGGAACCUAACUACACUGCAACAUAGCUUGCAAAGUUCCACACAACUCUCUCUCUCUCUCACUCUGUCUCUCUCUCUUUGAGUACCGACAUGAAAUCUCAGUCACGGAUGAUCAUAAAAGCUACAGUAAUUUGCAUGAUAUUAAUGCAAAGAUGCAUAGCAGCAAGAUUCUCCUCCAAAGAAGAUGAUAAAAUAGUGAGACUGCCAGGGCAACCACAGGUCAGAUUCCAGCAAUAUGCAGGCUAUAUUCCCAUUGAUGAAAAACAAGAGAGAGCUCUCUUCUAUUACUUUGUUGAAGCAGAAACUGAGCCUGCUUCAAAGCCUCUCCUUCUCUGGUUAAAUGGAGGGCCUGGUUGCUCUUCUGUUGGCGCUGGAGGAUUCUCUGAGCAUGGACCAUUCAGGACUACUGAUGGAAGAACUCUUAUCAGACAUCAAUAUAGUUGGAAUAAAGAAGCAAACAUUCUAUACCUUGAAUCACCAGCAGGGGUUGGCUUUUCUUAUUCUGCUGAUGCAUCUUUUUAUAAUAUUGUGAACGACACUAUCACAGCACAAGACAACCUCAAAUUCCUGCAGAAUUGGCUUGUGAAAUUUCCAGAGUAUAAAAGCAGAGAUUUGUUCAUCGCUGGGGAAAGCUAUGGAGGUCACUACGUACCACAACUUGCAAAACUAAUUGUCCAGUCAGGAUUACAUUUCAAUUUGAAAAGAAUUGCUUUAGGAAAUCCUCUUUUGGAUUUCAGCACAGACUUGAACUCACAGGGAGAUUACUACUGGUCUCAUGGGUUGAUAUCAGAUUCUACUUACAAACUUAUCACCACAACUUGCAACACUUCACAGCUUGCGAGAGAGGAAAUAGUAAGAGGGUCAGCUUCAGUUGCUUGUAAAGCUGUGAGAAAUCAACUUACGAAAGAAAUUCCUGACGAGAUCGAUAACUACGAUAUCAUAGCUGAUGUGUGUGAAUCAUUUGGGAAAGCUCGACUGAGUGCCUAUAAUCAUCCCUUGAGACCAAGAUUUCACGUUUCAUUAUUAAGUCAAUCGCUGGAAGAAGAUCCUAUUCAGCCUAAAUCUGCAGAAAAUAUAGAUGUUUGUGUACAACCAAAGACUUCUGUGUAUCUGAACAGGAAAGAAGUGCAAGAAGCUCUUCAUGCACAGCUUGUAGGAGUUGGCAAUUGGAGUUUCUGCAGCCAGGUAUUGAAGUAUGACAUGAGAAACCUUGAGAUACCUACGGUUGAUGUUUUGGGCUCAUUGAUCAGUUCAGGCAUCCCAGUUCUAGUGUACAGUGGAGAUCUAGAUUCAGUUAUUCCAUUUACUGGGACAAGGACUUUGGUGAAUGGUUUAGCAAGGAAGUUGGGAUUGAAAGCAACUGUGACUUAUCGACCUUGGUUUCAUGAUAAACAGGUUGGUGGAUGGACACAAGUUUAUGGAGACAACCUUACGUUUACAACUAUUAGAGGAGGAUCUCAUUUGGUUCCUUUAUCAUCACCCAAGAGAUCACUAGCCCUAUUUAAAGCAUUUCUUGCUGGAAAACCACUUGCCUAGUUAAGAACAUAAAGAAAAAAGUUUCAAAAGUUUUUAAACUCUGCCAUCCAUAUUUGAUAAAUAAGUGUUUGUUCUCACACGUACUCACAAAAGCUAGAUACUGUAAUAAAUCAUGGGAAUAUAUACAUGUACACGUAAUAAGGAUAAAGACUGGUAGUAGAAGUGGUUACAGAAGAUAUGCUAUUAUUCGUUAUCAGAACCUCAUUAUUCGAACUA